UUCUUGAUUUUAUCCAGUUAUCUAGCCAAAGAUUUAGUAUAUAUCAGUAUAUUCAUCAUAGUUUUCAUCAAGCAAAGAUAUUUAAGCAAUGGUAGAAGUCAUGGCCAUAACAAUUUCUAUGAUGUCUAUGAUUUCUAUAACAGUUUUUCUUGUGGCAACAAUUCUACUAAAGCACAAUGGAAAAUAUAGGAGCCAUCUUCCUCCAGGCCCCAGAGCUUUUCCUGUUAUUGGUCACUUUCAUCUUCUCAUGGAUAAAACCAAGCCAAUUCAUCAUAUUCUAAGUUCGCUAUCAACACUCUAUGGACCUAUUAUGCAUCUUAAAUUUGGUAGCUGCCCUGUUUUAGUGAUAAGUUCUUCAGAUUUAGCCAAAGAAUCUUUCACAGUAAAUGAUAAGGCAUUUGCAUCUCGUCCUCGGCCUGCACAAGGUCAGCAUUUGGGAUACAAUUAUUCUAUGCUGGGUUGGGCUCCUUAUGGCCCCUACUGGAGAAAUGCUAGGAAAAUAUGUGUACUUGAGCUCCUAUCUUCCAAAAGAAUUCAGUCAUUCGGACCCAAGAGAAUGCAAGAAAUUAAGAAUACAGUAAAUUCUUUGUUUCAGCAGACACAGUUCCAGAGUAUUGUUAACAUGAGAAGUGUUCUUUCAAAAUUAACUUUUAAAGUUCUGAUGACUAUGAUUAUAGAUGAGAGGUAUUUUGGAGAGGAAUCAGGGAUUUCGGUAGAUUCAGUCACACAUCUGAUUGAAGAAUCCUUUAUGCUUCAUGGAGUACUUGAUAUUGGGGAUUAUAUUCCCUGGUUCAAGUGGUUUGAUUUGCAAGGGUAUGUGAAGGCUAUGAAGAAGGUAAAUGAGAAAUUAGAUUCGUAUAUGCAGAGGAUAGUGGAGAAGCACAGGGAGAACAGAUUGAAAGAUGGGGGAGAGAUGGAAGACUUUGUUGAUGUGCUGAUCUCUCAGGCAGAAGAGAACGGUGACGCAAUUCCUGAUAAAGAUGCAUUUAUUAAGGCAACUGCUAUUGUUAUGUUUAGUGCAGGGUCUGAUACAUCUUCAGUUGCCCUGGAGUGGGCAUUGUCAUUGUUAUUACAACAUCCAGAUGUAAUGAGGAAGGCACAAGAGGAACUUGAUUCUAAAGUUGGACGGAACAGAAUGGUGGAGGAGUCAGAUAUACCGCAGUUAACAUACCUGCAGGCAAUAGUGAAAGAGACUAUGCGCCUUCAUCCACCGGGGCCUUUGCUAAUACCCCACAAAUCUAUUGAGGCUUGCACAGUGGGCGGCUAUCAUAUUCCUGCAGGAACAAUGCUGAUGGUAAAUGCAUGGGUAAUUCAUAGGGACCCAAAACUGUGGAAUAAACCACUAGAUUUCAUACCAGAGCGUUUUAUGGAGAAAGGGAUAGAGAUGGACAACAUACAAAUGAAAGGGAAUGAGUUUGAGAUGCUUCCAUUUGGGGCAGGGAGAAGAGGAUGUCCUGGUACUACUUUGGCAAUGUGCGUGGUGCAAACAACUCUUGCAAUUUUGUUGCAGAGCUUUGAUUGGUUUGUUCCAGAUGGAAGAGUUCUUGACAUGAGUGAAGGAGUUGGCUUGACAACGCCAAGAGCAGUGCCUUUGGAGGUUUUCAUCAAGCCUCGUCUUUCCCAUCAUCUGUACCAGAAAUAAGCCUAGAAUUGAACAGUUGAACGUCUCUGUAUUUUUUUUUUCAUUAUCUUUUGUUUGAUAAAUAUAGACCAUAUUAGUACAAAUGAAAGCACAAAUAAUUUAUCUUCUUCAGCGUAAUGCUAAGGAUUAUUAAAUUAUUUGAAUGUUUUAGAUCUAGAAGAUAUCCAGAGGAAAAUGUGUUCUGAUAUUUUUCUAAAGGAACUCUGGAGCGGCUUUUGAAGCUGGUCUUAUCAUAUUAUUGACAUGCAAUGUCAUCACACAGGGUGCAUAUCAUGAUAUCCGCCCCUUUUUGGGGAUUUUUCAUCAACCCUGUAUAAAAAUAUUUAAAUAUUUAUAGUUUAAGGAAGUGUGUUUUUAUUGUUUA